AUCGGCGGCUGUAGCACACAGGUCUAGCUUGGUCUAGCUCGUCUAGCUCUAGAGGACGCUCUAGAGUGGCGGGCGUUUACUGCUCAGUUUACUAGGACUAGCUUUCUUUGCGGAAGCUUGCUGAAUGACUGUACGAGGCCGGAGUGACGGGGGGUGAUGGUAGAUGGUAGUAGCAGUAGUCAAGAAAGAGUACGCCGUGGACAGGGAUUCAGAAGUAGGGACGUGUAGCGGUUCCGUACAUAAAACCACACCGUUGUAAUGCAGGCAUCGACUUCAUCUUCGAAAAAGUAGUAGCCUUAUUAUGGCUGAUAGCGAACCAGUUUCGAGGCGGGAGCUUCGCAAGACAGCGGACCUGAAGCGUAUACUAUUCAAAGAGCAAGAACAAGAGAAGAUCCGACACAUUCGCAAAUUGGUAAACAAGCCACCGUGGGACAGAACCAACGAGGAACAGGCUGUAUUAGAAAAUUCUCCAGAGCUUGUAAACAUUCUCCUGGAGCGGUCCAGGAAACGGAAGUGCAAUCAGCAGCGUCAGAAAGAGACUCAGGAUCCACAGCACAUCAUGGAGGAUAAAUGCAAAGGACUUGCACAAGCCAUUGAAAGUGCCAAGUGUCUUAUUGUAUACACUGGAGCUGGAAUCAGCACUGCUGCUCAAAUACCAGACUACAGGGGUCCAUCUGGUGUUUGGACAUUACUACAGAAAGGGAAAGUUCCAGAGGUCCAAGAGCUGAGUGAAGCCCAACCAACAUUUACACAUAUGGCAAUUGCUCAACUUUAUCAUCAGGGGAGAGUGAAACACGUUGUGUCGCAGAACUGUGAUGGAUUACACAUCCGCAGUGGUCUGCCAAGAAACAACUUGUCUGAGGUCCAUGGCAACAUGUUUUUAGAGGUCUGUUCAAAGUGCAAACCACUCAGGCAGUACUUCCGGCUGUUUGAUGUUACGGAGCGCACAUCACUGCACAAACACCGUACAGGGCGCAAGUGCCACAAGUGCAGUGCAGACCUCAUUGACACCAUUGUGCAUUUUGGGGAACGAGGAAGACUUCGCUGGCCUCUCAACUGGCAAGGUGCUGAAAAAGCUGCAAAUCGUUGUGAUGCCAUACUUUGUCUAGGCAGCAGCCUUAAGGUGCUAAGGCGCUACCGGUGUCUGUGGGCUAUGGACAAACCUGCCAAAGAUAGGCCAAAGCUGUACAUUGUCAACCUGCAAUGGACGCCUAAGGAUGAUGGAGCUGCAAUUAAAAUCAAUGGGCGCUGCGAUGAUGUCAUGAGGAGAGUAAUGGAACUACUACAAGUCAAAGUUCCAGAAUAUAACAGCAAGCAAGAUCCCCUUUUCAAGCUGCACUCUCCACUACGACCGAAAGAGCUAAAGAGUUUUUCUCGAGCACCUCUGGCCAUUCUGAGUGAGGAAAAGGACCUCCAACCUAUGAUGCAAUGCCAGGUGAAAACAGAGUUUGAGGAGUCUAUCUUCACCGAUCACUGCUACGCUAGGAAGAACGAACAUGACGUCUCCCUCAAAGAGGAAAGAGGCUCUCUCUUACAGUCGGACACUGAGGACAGCAUGAGGGACGUCAAAACGGAAUUACCCAGCGAAGGAGAAACCACUGAAGAAGAUGAGAGACCUACAAAGCUGAAGCGAGUCAAACUCAAGGGAUGGUUUGGCAAGGGUUAUGCAAAGUGGAGGGCACGACGCAGGAGAUAGCACAGAUUGUAGCAUUCGUGGAGUUAUUUAAUUCACCCGCACAUUCUUUUUGUUAAUCAUGGAUGUCAAUUUUUUGUAAGCGCACUUUUUCCUGCUUUAACUACAGCCGCUUAUCAAGUGAGAGGGGAGGAAAUACCAUAAGCAAGCAAUUAUAUGUUGUUUAUGACUGAUUUUGUACUGUAACUUCUGUGUGAAAUAUUUUGCUUAGUUCUGUAUGUCAUGUAGGUUCUGUACAUAAACUUUUGUUCAUGUGGUUAGACAUUUAGCUGGGCUACAUAAAGUGAUGCCUAUCAUG